CGUUCCCAGCCCGAACACCGGGAGCUUCACGAGCAGCAAACUUCUGUCCAGCAGCCGGCAGCGAUGCCCUCCGCCCAUUCAUCACUGCGAUGUAUGGCGAGCGGGCGCUUCGUGAGCUCUGCUCGCCUGUAUGCGUCAAUUGGCCGCAACAGAUUUGUCCAUAUCAGUUCCACACCUUCGAUAUCGCCGAUUGUCGACCAGGAACUUAGCCCUGGCAAUGCCACUGGCUCUUCUCCCGCUCCAGAUGCUCGAUUCGAAGUGAUCGGGUCGCCCUUUUCUUUACUUUCUGUGUCGUUGUCCGCAUCGGAAAAUCUGUAUACUCGCAGAGGGACCCUAGUGGGUGUUAGCGGGGCAGCGGAGAAUACUGUUUCCACCCUGUCCCUUCUGGAGCCCUUCAGGCGUGCCUUUCUGGGUAUCCCAUUCCUCUACCAACGAAUAUCUUCCACCACCCCGAUCUCGACUCUCAUCUCCACCAAGUCUCUAAUAUCGUCAUUCGCGGUAGUGCAUCUCGAUGGCCGGGAUGACUGGGUGGUAGCACAACGCAACGCGCUGCUAGCAUGGACAGGCCACGCGCUCUCUGUAAAGCCGAAGCUCAACACCCAAUUGAGUGUAGCACAUUGGGGCAAUUCACAGGUGACUGGUAGAGGAUUGAUGGCUCUUGUAGGAAAGGGCCAGGUGUAUCAAGUCCAGCUCAAGGCUGGAGAAAGCUAUAUCGUGCAUCCUAGUCACGUCGUAGCAUAUGUCCUUGGUUCGAAACCACCGCUUCCUUACAGAUUCAAGUCAACUGCCUUGCGCUUUCAAAUUCCAAAAUAUGACUUCGGUCCACUGGUAGAGAGCAGCAAAUUCUUGAAGACCAUGGCGGAGACAGCGACCUGGAGGACCAUCACUGGAGUUCUCUUCGCCUGGAGGACCUGGUUGAGAAGAUCUAUCUGGGGAGACAGGCUAUUCCUCGAGUUUCAUGGCCCGUCAACACUGCUCAUGCAAUCGCGAGGCUCAAGCAUACGAGAUGUCCUGACGGCACGCGAUGUGAAUGAGAUCGCGGACAGCCCGCCUGGGCCUACAUCGUCUAGAAAGAGUGCAGACAUUAGCGAAAAGAGCGCAAGUGCUCCAGCUUCUUCUGUACCGAUACCACAGGAAUCGAGUACACGAGUGCAUUAUGCUACGGUGGGACGGGAUGGGAAGGUCAAGAUUGACGAUACAUAG